AUGCCUUAUGUCAGCCUACCUAUUGGCAGCUCACCAACUACUAAAAAAUUUCAGGCUUACGAGAUACGGCAGAUCCCCAGGUCAGAAAACAGCCACGCCGAUGCGCUCUCACGAUUAGCUUCGGCAAUAAAUGACAAGAUCGGAAGGAAGGUACCGGUGGAGAUAUUAUCCCAACCAAGCACGACAGCUGCUGAGGUGUGUACCGUUCGGUACGAGGACACAUGGAUGUCUUCGAUCUAUGCCUUCCUGACAACCGGAACCCUUCCUACCGAUAAGUCCCAGGCUCGGAAACUCCGUUACCGAUCGGCAAGAUACACAGUCAUCAACGAUGUUCUGUACAAGCGAGGGCUACACGACGCCGUAUCUAAAAUGCCUUACCAAGGAGCAGGGAGGGACUACAUCCUUCGGGAGGUCCACAGCGGAGUCUGUGGCGACCAUUCGGGAUCCCGAUCGCUCGCACACAAGGUCUUCCGACAGGGUAUUUCUGGCCGACUCUGCACCAAGAUGCGAACAUAUUGGUCAGGAAGUGUGACAAAUGCCAGCGGCUCGGUAGUGUCCCUCAUAUUCCUGCCGAGCCGCUAUAACCGAUCGUGA